GCGAAAGACUGACCUCAGCUAGGACCUUCGGCAGCGCGCGGUAAGAAGAGGAGGCCAUGUGGACCGCACGCCUGCUUGUCCUCGCCAGCCUCUUCGCACCAGCCGCUAUGGCCUUCAGUCGAGCACCCAUCCCCAUGGCGGUGGUGAGGAGGGAGCUGUCGUGCGAGAGCUACCCCAUCGAGCUGCGCUGCCCGGGCACGGACGUCAUCAUGAUCGAGAGCGCCAACUACGGCCGCACCGACGACAAGAUCUGCGACGCAGACCCAGCGCAGAUGGAGAACACGCGGUGUUACCUGCCAGAUGCAUACAAGAUCAUGUCUCAAAGAUGUAAUAACCGGACCCAGUGUGCAGUUGUGGCUGGACCAGAUGUGUUUCCCGACCCUUGCCCUGGGACCUACAAGUACCUGGAAGUCCAAUAUGAAUGUGUACCCUACAAAGUGGAACAAAAAGUAUUCCUGUGCCCAGGGCUUCUGCGCAGGGUGUACCAGAGCGAGCACCUCUUUGAAUCGGACCACCAGUCAGGAGCCUGGUGCAAAGACCCUCUCCAAGCCUCCGAUAAGAUUUACUACAUGCCCUGGACACCCUAUCGCACUGACACGUUGACUGAAUAUUCCUCCAAAGAAGACUUCAUCGCCGGAAGGCCGACGACAACCUACAAACUUCCACAUCGCGUUGACGGAACAGGCUUCGUGGUCUACGACGGGGCGCUCUUCUUCAACAAGGAGCGCACACGCAACAUCGUCAAGUUUGACCUGCGGACUCGUAUCAAGAGCGGCGAGGCCAUCAUUGCCAACGCCAACUACCACGACACCUCUCCCUACCGCUGGGGAGGGAAAUCAGACAUUGACUUGGCUGUUGACGAAAACGGUCUUUGGGUGAUUUAUGCUACCGAGCAGAACAACGGGCGGAUUGUCAUCAGCCAGCUAAAUCCCUACACGUUACGGGUCGAGGGGACCUGGGACACGGCUUAUGACAAGCGCUCGGCAUCCAACGCCUUCAUGAUCUGUGGAAUCCUGUAUGUGGUGAAGUCAGUCUAUGAGGACGAUGAUAACGAGGCAACAGGAAACAAGAUUGACUACAUCUACAACACAGAGCUAAGCAAAGAUGGGUUUCUAGACAUCCCCUUCCCCAACUCCUAUCAGUACAUCGCUGCAGUGGAUUACAAUCCCAGGGACAACCUGCUGUACGUUUGGAACAAUUACCACGUCGUGAAGUACUCCCUGGACUUUGGAGCACUGGACAACAGACUCGAAACCUCCUCCUCUGUAAUGGUGUACAUGGACACGACGACGAUGACAACGAGGACCACUACUCGACCGACCACUGUCACCAUGACAACCACAACAGCCAGGACCACCACUACCAAGACGCCUGCUACAACAACUGCGAUGGCCCAGUGGCCACGGACCACAUCCACAGUGGUGGCACCUGUCCAGACGCCGGUGGAGGGUUUGGUGCCGGAGGAUGACGACAGGGCGCCGCCUUCCUCCAAGCUUCCCAACAUCAGGGUGGAGUACUGCAAUCCCCUGGUGAUGAUGGACAUCUCCUGGCCCAAGACCAAGCAAGGGAUGGUGUCCAAGAUGCCAUGUCCACCUGGAACCAUAGGCGUGGCCUCGUACAUGUGCGUGGGUCCAGAGGGAUACUGGGACCCCCAGGGACCCAACUUCAGCAACUGCACGUCCCCCUGGGUCAACCUCAUCAGCCAGAAGCUCAAAGCUGGAGAGACAGCUGCAGUCAUUGCCAGGGAGUUGGCGGAGCAAACUAAGCGUAAUCUCCAGGCAGGGGACAUCACCUACACAGUGAAGGCCAUGGUUCAGCUGGUGGAUCUGCUGGACGUGCAGCUGAGGAACCUCACGCCAGGCGGCAAAGACAGUGCGGCACGGAGCCUCAACAAGCUACAGAAAAGAGAGCGCUCUUGCCGGUUUUAUGUUCAGGCCAUGGUGGAGACGGUCAACAAUCUGCUGCAGCCGCAGGCCCAGGGAGCGUGGCGGGAGCUGAGCACGGGCGAGCAGCUGAGGGCCGCCACCAUGCUGCUGGACACGGUGGAGCAAGGGGCCUUCGUCCUGGCCGAUAACCUGCUGAAGACAGACAUCGUGCAAGAGAACACUGACAACAUCCAGCUGGAGGUGGCCAGGAUGAGCACAGAUGGGAAUUUACCUGAUCUGAAGUUCCCACAAAUUGGAGGACAGGGCAACUCCAUCCACCUCUCGGCGAACACGCUCAAGCAGCACGGAAGAAACGGGGAGAUUCGGAUAGCGUUCGUCCUGUACAAACACAUCGGGGUGUACCUGUCAACGGAGAACGCCAGCAUGAAGCUGGGCAGUGAAGCCAUGGCUACCAAUUACUCUGUCAUCGUCAACUCGCCGGUUAUCACGGCGGCCAUCAACAAGGACUCUAACAAAGUCUACCUCUCUGACCCUGUCAUUUUUACCAUCAGGCAUCUCCAGCAAUCUGAGGAGAACUUCAACCCCAACUGUUCGUUCUGGAGUUACUCCAAGAGAACCAUGACUGGCUACUGGUCGACGCAGGACUGCCGCUUGCUAGGCACCAACAGGACACACACCACAUGCUCCUGUACCCAUCUCACCAAUUUUGCAGUCCUCAUGGCCCAUGUGGACGUCAAGAACACAGACCCUGUUCACGACAUGCUUCUCGAUGUCAUCACUUGGGUUGGCAUCCUCCUGUCGCUGGUCUGCCUGCUCAUCAGCCUCUUCACCUUCUGCUUCUUCCGCGGCCUGCAGAGUGACCGUAACACCAUCCAUAAGAACCUGUGCAUCAGCCUGUUCAUCGCCGAGUCCCUCUUCCUGGUGGGGAUCAAUCGGGGUGACCAGCCGAUUGCCUGUGCCGUCUUCGCCGCCCUGCUCCACUUCUUCUUCCUGGCAGCGUUCACGUGGAUGUUCCUGGAGGGCGUGCAGCUCUACAUCAUGCUCGUGGAGGUGUUUGAGAGCGAGCACUCGCGCAGGCGCUACUUCUACCUGGUGGGCUAUGGAGUACCCGCGCUAAUCGUGGCCGUCUCCGCGGCGGUGGACUACCGCAGCUACGGCACUGACAGAGUAUGCUGGCUUCGCCUGGACACCUACUUCAUUUGGAGUUUUAUAGGACCAGCAACCUUGAUAAUUAUGCUCAAUGUGAUCUUCCUGGGCAUCGCACUCUACAAGAUGUUCCAUCACACGGCCAUCUUGAAACCAGACUCUGGUUGCCUGGACAACAUCAACUACCAGGAUUAUGAAGCAGAGAUCAAAUCAUGGGUGAUCGGCGCCAUCGCCUUGCUCUGUCUUCUGGGCCUGACCUGGGCCUUUGGCCUGAUGUAUGUCAACGAGAGCACGGUGGUCAUGGCCUACCUGUUCACCAUCUUCAACUCCCUGCAGGGAAUGUUCAUCUUCAUCUUCCACUGCGUCCUGCAGAAGAAGGUGCGUAAGGAGUAUGGAAAAUGCCUGCGUACUCACUGCUGCAGUGGAAAAAGCGUGGACAGCUCCAUCGGCUCUGGAAAAGGCACCGCCUCUCGUGCUCCAGGACGCUACUCUACGGGGUCACAGAGCCGCAUCCGUCGAAUGUGGAAUGACACAGUCAGAAAACAGUCCGAGUCCUCUUUCAUGACCGGUGACAUCAACAGCUCCGCGUCACUCAACAGAGAGCCCUACAGAGAGACAAAGGGAAUCCUGAACAAUGCCCGGGAUACAAGUGUCAUGGAUACUCUACCACUGAAUGGUAACCAUGGCAACAGCUACAGCAUCGCCAGCGCUGAGUACAUGAGUGACUGCGUACAGAUCAUUGACCGGGGCUACAACCACAAGGAGACCACCCUGGAGAAGAAGAUCCUGAAAGAGCUCACCUCCAAUUAUAUCCCCUCCUACCUCAACAAUUCCCACGAGCGCUCAACCGAGCAGAACCGGAACCUUAUGAACAAGCUGGUCAACAAUGUCAGCAACGGUGGCAAGGACAGCGGCUACGGGAUGGGCUUGGGGGUGGGAAUGGGCAUGAAUGUCGCGCUGGGCCUGGAUGACCAUUCCACCUUUGGUCCGCACCACGACGAGGGCCUGGGCCUGGAGUUAAUCCGCGAGGAGUCUAACGCCCCGCUGUUGCCUCAAAGACCGCCCCCAUCGCUACAGGCGGUGGACAACCUUCACAAUCACCUCCACCAGUCAGUGCCGCCACCCCUGCCACUGCCCCACCACCCCUUCUCGUCCGCCACCACUUCGUCCUCGUCUAGAAGGAGGAUCCCCCAGGAGAACAGCGAAAGCUUCUUUCCCUUACUCACUAACGAGCACACCGAGGACGAGGGCUCGUCACCCAGCCACAGCCACCAGAGAGACUCCCUUUACACCAGCAUGCCCAUGCUGUCCGGCCUGCCCGACGUGUCCGCAGAAUCCGCCGACGGCUCCAAGGACGGCAGGGACGCCAAGAGCCCAGAGGCCAGCUUGGACGACGUUUACUACAAGAGCAUGCCCAACUUGGGCUCACGUAACCACCUCCACCAGCUGCACUCCUACUACCAGCUAGGGCGGGGCAGCAGCGAUGGCUUCAUCGUGCCCCCAAACAAAGAGGAUUUAUCUCCAGAAGAGGCCCCCCAGGAGCCCUCGCACCUGGUCACCAGCCUAUAGGCCCAACACCCUCCCAGUCCUCCAGUGUCCCCCCGUUACUGUAGUCCUCUUCCCCGUGUCCCGUUGUUCCAUCAGUCGUUGGCAGUGGUAGCCUUUCUUUUUAUUCUGUGUCCCGAAGACUGAGACGGAGGAAAUAACUGUACUCUCGCUGUUGCUGACCACAAACAGCAUAAUAAUUGCGACGUUUGGGGGCUAAUAUGUGACUAUAUUUGGUUAGACAUUGCGGGAAUCUGUUGAUGUUGUGUUUCCCCCCUCAAACCCUGUGUGGUUUGGCGUGUUUUGUCUCAGUGUGAAAAGAGACAAUUACCCACACAGGAUUUCUAGGUCUCAGAGAUAUAGUCUGACAGUGGAAAGGAACUGCAUAGCCCCAAACUAUACAAGUCUAAACUAUAGAC